AUAUUCUCUCUAUAUAUACUUGACAUAGCCAACCCUUCUGUGCUCUACCUCCACAAAACUUUUUCCCAUCUUCACUUCCAUCCACCAACAAUGGCGAUUGCCUUUGGACGAUUUGAUGAUUCCUUCAGCUUGCGCUCUUUCAAAGCCUAUCUCGCUGAGUUUAUCUCCACCUUGCUCUUCGUUUUUGCCGGCGUUGGCUCUGUUAUUGCUUACAACAAGUUGACUUCCAACGCUGCUCUUGAUCCUGAAGGGCUUGUUGCGAUUGCUAUUUGCCAUGGUUUUGCUCUCUUUGUUGCAGUCUCAGUCGGUGCCAAUAUCUCCGGCGGCCAUGUUAAUCCAGCUGUCACCUUCGGUUUGGCUCUCGGAGGCCAAAUCACCAUCCUUACUGGCAUCUUCUACUGGAUCGCCCAGCUUCUUGGCUCCAUUGUUGCUUGCUACCUCCUCAAAGUUGUCACAGGAGGCUUGACUAUUCCCAUCCACAGUGUUUCGGCCGGAGUUGGAGCCAUUGAAGGAGUAGUAAUGGAGAUCAUCAUCACAUUUGCUCUGGUUUACACUGUCUAUGCCACAGCUGCUGACCCCAAGAAGGGUUCAUUGGGCACAAUUGCACCCAUUGCUAUAGGUUUCAUUGUUGGUGCCAACAUCUUGGCUGCCGGACCAUUCAGCGGGGGAUCCAUGAACCCAGCCCGCUCUUUUGGGCCUGCCGUGGCCAGUGGUGACUUCCAUGACAACUGGAUCUACUGGGUUGGGCCGCUCAUCGGCGGUGGGCUUGCUGGGCUGAUAUAUGGCAAUGUGUUCAUGCAUUCUGAGCAUGUGCCAUUGUCCAAUGAUUUUUAAGUUGGUUUGAAUUUGAAUGAUAAAUAUGUAAUAAAGUAAAGGAAGCUUUUGCUACUCUUCCUUUUGCUUUGAUUGUAAAGUCCUGUUGAGGUCCAUUAUUAUGAUAAAUGGAUGGCAUUGGAGAUAAGGCAUGAUUUGUCUUUCUUUUAAUUUA